AUGGCUAGUCUUGAAACCCUUUUGGAUUUCCCAAACGGGACCACCCCCCCUGGUCCCCAAAUCCCCGGACAUGUCAUGACGGAGAACAUGAUCGGGAACAUGGCGAUGACCCCGGAGACCCCUGCCUCGUUCGGACCCGGAACACCGCCCUUUGCUCUUUGGAUUGGCGGAUCCAAUGCGCUGGUUGACGGGCGUCGUCUUCUGGAGCGCUUUGGGAAAGGAAUGAAACUCACGGGCAAGUGA